UGACGCCAGAGUACCGAUUGCCACGUGACGCGCUUUCCACCAAUCCCAGCUCGGCUCCUUCCAACCCUCUUGAACGGCCUGGAUUUCUGUCUGCCCGGUGUUGAGGGGGAAACGGGGCAGGAAGGGAGUGUGUGUGCGUGAGAGAGAGAAGAGGCGGAGGGGUGUGGCGCCGGGAAAAUGGCGGCGGCGGCGGCUGCAGCGGCUGUUCCGGUGAACCUGCGGCAGGGAGACUUAGUGUGGGGGAAGCUGGGCCGAUAUCCUCCUUGGCCAGGGAAGAUUGUUAAUCCGCCUAAGGACCUGAAGAAGCCUCGUGGGAAGAAGUGCUUCUUUGUGAAGUUUUUUGGGACUGAAGACCAUGCCUGGAUUAAAGUGGAGCAGUUGAAGCCUUAUCAUGCCCACAAAGAAGAAAUGAUCAAAAUCAACAAAGGCAAGAGGUUCCAGCAAGCUGUCGAUGCUGUGGAAGAAUUUCUCAAGAAAGGAAAAGGCAAAGACAAAGACCAGGCAUCUUCUCACAAUUCAACUGAAGAGAAGAACCGACGAAAUUCCAGUGAAGAGACGGGCAAGCAGUCCAUGGGUGAAGAGAAGCACAAAUCUGGGUUGUCUGAAGGGAAGGCAAAAAAGAGGGCUUCCUCCGUUUCCUCUGAGCGAGGGGUCAAACCUCUGCUGAAGAGAACGUAUGAGCAGAGCCCCCGGAAGCGAGGGCGUCCUCCCAAAGAUGAGAAGGACCUGACGAUCCCUGAAUCCAGCACAGUGAAGAGAAUGAUGACCGGCACUGUGGCUGGAUUUAAAUGGCCACCAAGUGGAAGCGAGCCUGUGAAAGAUGGCGACCCGCAUUUCCAUCACUUCCUGCUUAGCCAGACAGAGAAGCCAGCAGUUUGCUACCAGGCCAUCACAAAGAAGCUGAAGGUGUGUGAAGAGGAAACCGGGUCCACAUCCAUCCAGGCAGCAGACAGCACAGCUAUAAAUGGCAGCAUCACUCCUACAGACAAAAAGAUAGGGUUCCUUGGCCUGGGCCUAAUGGGAAGUGGCAUCGUGUCCAACUUAAUAAAAAUGGGUCAUACUGUUACAGUUUGGAACCGGACUGCUGAAAAGUGUGAUUUAUUCGUCCAGGAGGGGGCACGGCUAGGAAGGACCCCUGCUGAAGUGGUCUCCACCUGUGACAUCACCUUCGCCUGCGUAUCUGACCCAAAAGCUGCCAAGGAUCUGGUGCUCGGUCCAAGUGGAGUGCUCCAAGGUAUACGUCCCGGGAAGUGCUACGUGGACAUGUCCACUGUUGACGCGGACACGGUCACCGAACUGGCCCAGGUGAUUGUAUCCAGAGGCGGUCGUUUUCUGGAAGCUCCCGUUUCAGGGAACCAACAACUGUCCAAUGAUGGGAUGCUGGUGAUAUUAGCGGCUGGAGACCGGGGUUUAUAUGAAGACUGCAGUAGUUGCUUCCAGGCGAUGGGGAAGACCUCUUUUUUCCUAGGCGAAGUGGGCAAUGCUGCCAAGAUGAUGCUGAUUGUGAACAUGGUCCAAGGGAGCUUCAUGGCCACAAUCGCAGAAGGACUGACUUUGGCUCAAGUCACCGGCCAGUCUCAGCAGACGCUUCUGGAUAUUCUCAAUCAGGGACAACUCGCCAGCAUCUUCCUGGACCAGAAGUGCCAAAACAUCUUGCAAGGAAAUUUUAAACCAGACUUCUAUCUGAAAUACAUCCAGAAGGAUCUCAGAUUAGCCAUUGCACUAGGUGAUUCUGUCAACCACCCAACUCCCAUGGCAGCUGCAGCCAAUGAGGUCUAUAAACGGGCAAAAGCAUUGGACCAAUCUGACAACGAUAUGUCUGCUGUAUACAGGGCCUACAUCCACUAGGCAUCCCGAUCGUCUUGUUAAUACUAUGAUUAUUAUUGAUGAUGAUGAAUACUGGGUUUUAACUCUGGACCAGUCCUUCUCUGUCUGUCUGUCUCUUCCACCCCCACCUCCUUUUCUUUUCCUUUUUAAUACAAAAACUCUUUUGGAGAUCUGCCGCUAGGGCAGUUGCUGCAGCAAGCCUUUCUGUACCAGCAGCAAGAAGAGCCACAGAAGGGGUUGGACCCUUGACCAUCUCGACAGCAAAUCUAUGCCACUCGAUGAGAGUCUUGGAGAGAAUAUUGGUGGCAGGUGGCUCUGGCCAAGAAAACAACAACUGCUGCUUGGCCUUCUUCUGGUUCACGUCCAUUUGCGUGUCGCCCAAAGUUUCCUUUUUAUUGUUUUUCACCGCUGUUUCACUUCUUUCCUGUGGGUAAUUGUAAACGUGGGCCUGUUGUGUGCAUUCGUGACAAUGGGAAGAGGGAGGAUGUCCCACUUUCCUAUGGAACUUUAGGGCUCUCGACUUCGAAUAGGAUGGCAGCUUGGCUCCUGAGAGGGGAUGGCAUGAAAAUCAAUAGAGGGUUUAGUAGGAGUAUGCGUCACUUCAUUAACUCAUUGCUGUUUCUGAGGAUAAAAACUGAUUCUGUCCAUCUGUGCUUUUACCCAUAGAAAGAUUUAACUACCCUGUAUAUGUUUUAAGAUGAAUGGAGAUAAAUUUCACGGUGUCUUCCUAGUGCAUUACAUUGGCUGCAGGCCAGAUACACAUCUGUUGCUGUUUGAAGGUUUGGGUUCUUCUAAUGUUGCUAAGGUUAGUUAUAGGACUCAGGAAACCUCAUAAAUCUGUGGCCAGGCUUUCCUUUUUCUCAAAGAGAAAAAAUCUCUAUUUCACAACAAAGAGGGGAGCACUACCUAGUGAAUCCUGUGUGAGUAACUGAAGACUUGAAGUAAUUGAAGUCCCAACAAGGCUCCACAAUCUGUUGGUAAAAUUGUGUAUUUUCCCAAGGGCUGGUUAAUCAGGUGCCUGUGUUACAUGCAUACUGUAGUAAAGUUUAUGGAGAAGGGCUUCUGCUGAUGAGGCCUGUAACAAUACUAUAGGAAAUAAAGCAGAAUCCUAAAGAGAUUUUGAAUGACUUGGUCAUCACUCUGUAAAGGCAAGCUUUUUGAACCCAAAAGGUCUUGACAUCAACAUACAUCCCUAACAAAAAGAGCUAGUGGCACUCUUGACUACUCCCUGAUGGCCCUUUAAUUUUUAGAUUGAAAAGAUUUAUAUAGAGAGGUUGUACACAUAGCAAAAAAAAAUGCAGACCUGUAACAUUACAAAGAUUUUUGAAAAUCAGAUGCUUCUGUUUUAAAGCUUCUAUCAGUAUUAUUCCUCAAAGAACUUCCUAUCUUACAGCUUAAGAAAAUCUCGAUGGCGGGGGAUUGUACAUUGGGUUCAUGUGAGGAAGUGGCUGCAUUUGUCAAACCUGUGCAUCUUGAAUAAAAGGUGCGCACAGCACAUGGAUCAGAUUGAGCUCUGUGAGGUGAGGACCCAUGAGGAUUCAGAACCCAAGGGGUUUAUGGUGUGAUUCAGACUCCAGAAAUGGAACCCAUUCAGCUUGUGUCCUGGUCUUUUAUGAACAUAAUGCGUCUUGGGUCAGUUUGUCUUCUGAUGGAUAGACAGUCCUCAUGGGAAAGGAAACAUGUUUCCUCCCAAUGCUUAAGCCCACAAACCUUAUUAUCCCCACUCAGUGAGGGCAAAGUGUAGUCCUAUGUGGAAGUGGCUCUUUCAGCCCCAGAUAGCCAUUCAAGUUGCUUUUCUAGAGACUCAGAUUCAUCUUACUAUGGGAAAAUCACACAUAGUCACAGAUGGCUUCUGUGAGGACUGCUAGAAAAUGCCAGACUCUGAAUGAGUGUGUGGGAGCAUUUGGGGAUUGCUUUCCAGUCUUUUGUGCAAAUUGCUGUAAUGAAUGACAGCUCCAUUGGAUCCUUCUGAAGACCCUAGAGUUGUGUCUCCCAAAGUGUGAAGUUUGCUCAAGUAAUAAUUUCUUAAACAGAUCCCAAAAAUGCUUUCUCCCCCCCCCCCCCACUCCUUUUACCUUCCAGUAAACUUGAGAAUGGAGGUAAAGGAGAAAGGUAGUGUCUUCCAAUAAAGGCCUUUCUCUUGUGAAUUGUUUGGCAGUGAGAAGAAAGAUAUACCUAAAGUGUAUGUCAUUUGCUAUAGGAACUAUACAGUUACUGAUGACGAAGAAUAAGGAUAUUAUGAAAUAGAAAUGAAGGUUGGAACGUCUCUGAUGCCAUUUCAAAAGGAUAGUCAUGUUUUUCACCUUGAUAGUAAAUCAGUAAAGAGUGUGUGGUGCCUUAACAUUAUGGCAUAAGCUCUCUAGGGUCAGAAUAGUGAUUUGCCCUCAUAAUGUUUUAUAUUUUGUAGUUUAAGGUGCCCAAGACUCUCUAAUUCAAUGCUAUGAGGUUUCUCCCAGGCUCCAGGAGCCACUUUUCCUUCAAAACCUUUGCCUUGUUCCAGUUCAGAUCCCACUUGGUGAUGGUGCAGGAGGUGAUGCACGGAUUGCAAGAGAAUAUAAUGGGACUGGCUUAGUCUUUGUUGUCUUAAUAUUGUUGAGAAGACUGUAAAGUUCCUUUUUAAUGGGGAUUUCUGUUUUAGCCAUCGCUUUUCCUCCCUCCUGCCCUUCCCUUUUUAAAGAGAAAAGACAAUGUGACACUUGUGGAAAGCUUGUAAGAAAAAAGCAGUUUUUCUUUUUAAACCCUCUCCUUUGAUGACCGAUCUAUAGGUAAUUAAGGUUGUGAAUUUUUUUUAAUUUUUUGCCUUGUUUUUAAUUAACCUUUGUCAUUCAGAAUAGGAUGUGUGGUGAUGAUUAAAUGGCAAAAACAGAAGAAAUGAUUUUUCUUUUCUUGUGCAAUUAACAAAGCUACUGGCAAAUGGAAAUAAAACCUUUCUUGGUAACAGAA